AUGAAGGAAAGUGAUACAAGAACCAUAACCCUAGUAGGCGGUCGCGUCAUCAAGUACGCCGUCUUUGGCCGCGACGCCCCGGACGCGCCGACCAUAUUCUUUUUCCACGGCUUCCCAGGCUCCCACCCGGAAGGCGAGCUCCUAGCUUCUGCAGCACUAAAGCACACCGCCCGCAUCGUCAGCCUCUCGCGCCCCGGUUUCGGCGGCUCGACACCCGCCCCCUCGCGCACCAUCCUCGACUGGCCCGCCGACGUCACCGCAGUGGCCGACGAGGUGCUGAGCGACCAGAAAAGCCGCUUCGUCAUCGUGUCCUUCUCGGCUGGCGCACCCUACGCCCUGGCCUGCCUGCGAUCGAUCCCACCCACUCGCCUGGCCGGCGCCGUCCUCCUCUCGGGCCUGUACCCGGGCACCGCGGGGCUGCCGCUGGGGACGCGGGCCCUGUUUGCGCUGGGGAGCGUCGCGCCGACGCUCGCGGCCGUCGGAAUCGAGCAGACUCUCGGCCGCGUGGCGCGCGACGGGCCCAGGCUGGAGCGCGCCAUGAUCCGCGACUUUGAGGGCAGGGGCGUUGCUGAGGCAGCCGUGGUCGAAGAUCCUGAGGCGAGGGGCGUUUUGGCGCGGAGCACGCAGCUCGCGGUGGCGGACGGCGGGGCGGGCACUGCGUGCGAGGCGGGCCUGCUUUGGAGGGACUGGGGGUUCAAGUUGGAGGAGCUUUCUGUUGGAGAAGGAAGGUUGUUAAUGUGGCAUGGAAAGGAAGAUGGGAAUGUGCCAGUAAGCAUGGCGGAAAAGGCGGCGGCGGUUCUGGCUGGCUCGGAGCUGCGCGUGUUUCCAGAUUUGGCUCAUACUAGUCUUCUGGUAAGGAAGGCAGAGGAUACAGUUGUUGCCGCGAUCAAGAUGUUACAUGUUAGAGUGGACUGA